AUGGUAGUGGCAAUAGUAGUGGUUGUAGUAGUGGUGAUAGUAGCAGUAGUAAUAGUAGCAGUGGUUUAUAAUAUCUUUAUUAUUAUUGUUAUCGUUGUUGUUGUUGUUGGUGGUAGUGGUGAUGAUGAUGGUGAUGAUGGUGGUGGUCGUGUUGUUGUUGUUGUUGUUGUUGUUGUUGUUGUUGUUGUUGUUGUUAUUGCUCUUAUUGUAGCUGAUAUUGUCGUUAUUACUGGAAAAGAGCAAGACAUGCUGAUAUGUUGA